AUGGGGAGUCGAGCAAAGCGAUCCGGCCCAUCGAAGGGUGGGAAGAAACGUGUCGAGACGCGGCCUGCGUUGCCGCCGCCAAUACCACCAUUUCUUUGCCUCUGUCGUGGCUAUGUGUACGCGCCUCAGCCGCUGACAGUUGAUGUGUCCAUCCGAGUUCCCCUGCAGCAGCUGCGAAACCGUGAGGCGGUGAAUGAUCUCGUGUUGCGCAGUGUGUUGCAUCGUCCACACGCAACACCGUCGUCUUUGGAUCAGGACGCUGCGGAGAAGACAUAUUUUUAUGUGGUUCAUGUGGAGUCUAUUUUGAUUCACGCAGACUCCGCACGACAGAGUGAACACACUGGGGAGGUGCAGCUUUGUGCCACCGCGGAGACUGUGUUAGCACGCGUUGAAUACGGCCUGCUCGUGGGUGUUGCGGAGUCGAGAAAGUAA